AUGUCGUUUGUCCUCAAGAAUGCUGGUGCUACCUACAUGAGAGCCAUGAAGACCAUAUUUCACAACAUGAUUCAUAAGGAGAUUGAAGUGUAUGUGGAUGAUGUCAUAAUCAAGUACCGUGAGAGGUCAGACCACUUGACACAUCUAAGGAAAUUCUUUGAUUGUUCGCGUUGUUACAAGUUGAAGUUAAGCCCUGCCAAAUGCGCUUUUGGAGUUCUAGCCGGAAAGUUGUUAGGAUUUAUAGUCAGCAGAAGGGGUAUUGAGCUCGACCCUUCUAAGAUCAAAGCCAUUCAAGAGUUACCUACGUCAAAGACAAGAAAAGUGGUGAUGAGUGUCUUGGGGAGAAUGGAUCCACUGAAGUAUAUCUUCCAGAAGGCGAUGUCGACAGGAAAUUUAGCAGUAUGGCAAAUGUUAUUGAGUGAAUUUAACAUUGUCUAUAUGACUCUGAAAGCGAUAAAGGCCCAGGCUUUGUCCAAUAAUUUUGAAGAAAAUCCCGUUGAUGAAUGGUAUCAACCACUCAAAACUUAUUUUCACGACGAAGAAGUGUCAUUUUUGGGUGAGGAAAUUUCUGAAGCAUAUUCCGGUUGGAGAUUAUUCUUUGAUGGAGCGGCAAAUCAUCAAGGUAAAGAAUCAAACGGUUUGCCUUGGUAUUUUGAUAUAAAGAAGUAUUUGGAGUCUGGAAUUUAUCCCAAAGAUGCUAUGUCCAAUCAGAAGAAGUUGAUACGCCAUAUUUCUCUCAUUUCUUUCAAAGUGGAGAAGUCUUUUAUUGGAGGACUCUAG